AUGGGUAACGUCGGGGCUUCAAUAAACUCAGAAAACGAGACAACGCAUUCGAUUUCAGAAGACCUCCAGCGACCAUUAGUGACUCUACCACAAGGCAGGCUGAAGGGAAUCGUGCAAACGGAUGGCUUCCCUCAGCCGGUAGAAUGCUUUUUAGGCUGCGCUUAUGCUCAGCCUCCAGUCGGAGACCUUCGAUUUCGACCACCCCUCCCAGUUGAGCCCUCGUCGGCAAUCUUCGACGCGUCGGAAUAUGGCAGAGCAGCCCCGGGAAACCCCCUGAUUCCACCCCGUAUUCCUCUGGUCUACGGCGAGGAUUGCUUGACCGUCAACGUUUUUAGGCCGAGGCUUGAGUCAAGCACGGGGCCCCUCCUACCGGUGGCGGUCUACAUCCAUGGGGGUGCCUUCAAUCGCGGAAACUCGUCUAUGCACAACACCGCGUCCAUGGUCGCUUGGUCCGAAGAGCCCUUCAUAGCGGUCUCGUUCAAUUACAGGGUCGGAGCGCUUGGCUUCCUGCCCUCUAAAAAGGCGGCGGAGGAAGGAAUUCUUAAUCUUGGCUUCCAAGAUCAAAGACUCCUCCUUCGAUGGGUGCAGGAAAACAUCCACGCCUUUGGUGGCGAUAAGAAUAACGUGACUUUGAUCGGACUUUCCGCGGGAGCGAUAUCUAUUGGGCAUCUUAUUCUUCAUUAUAGCGAUGAAAAUCCCGGCCCAUUUCACCGGGCUAUAAUUGAGUCGGGUUCAGCCACCACAAGGGAUUGCCGCCCUUACGACUCAAAGAUUAUCGAACAGUACUUUGCAGAUUUUCUGGCUGAGGUAGGGUGUCCACAAGACCUUACGGCUCAUGACACCUUUGCCUACCUACGCAAAUUACCUCUAUCUACCAUCACCGGUGCUCAAGAUGCUGUCUUCAACAAAUACAAGCCUACGAUGCAGUGGGCUUUCCGUCCAGUUAUAGAUGGAGACAUCAUUCGACAGCCACCACUUGAGAGCUGGCACCGCGGGCAGUAUUACAAGAUUCCCCUUAUGACCGGAUUUUGUACAAACGAAGGGUCUUUAUACGUGGAUCGGAAGCUAUCGCACCCAGAACAAUUCACUCAGCUCAUGCAAACUCUUCUUCCAGGGCUACCUGGAGGAGAUAUCGCUCGGUUGAAUGCUUUAUACCCAGAUCCGUUGACCGGGGAUCCCACAUACCAAGACGUGAGGACGGGUGAAGACAUUGGACCAGAGUACAUGCGCGCGGAGGCCGCAUAUGGUCAGUACGCUCUUAUUGCACCAGUCCGGCAAACAGCACAUCUCGCCUCGUCGAUGGCAGGCGCGCCCCCGGUGUACCUUUACCACUGGGACGUAUUUACCACACUCUAUGGCGGUGCUGCCCACGCGGAUAACUUAGGAUACGAAACCUUUGAUCGUGCCACAACUUCACAGUCUCAUGGUCAAAAGGAAGUGGCGGGCAUGUUCCAUGCCUAUAUGACAAGCUUCAUCUGCCACGGUGGCAAUCCAAAUAAGUUGCGCGGGAGGUACAAUCAUCGUCCCACGUGGGAGCCGUACACUCCCGAUCGCCCUCUCACCAUGAUUCUGGGCAAAGGAAAUAGGGAGCUGAUAGGAGGAGAUGUUGGGACGCCAGCCGAGCUGACUCUCGAGGCUUGUUACGAUGAGCAAUGUAAGUUUUGGUGGGCGAGAACCAAAUUCACGCAACAGUAA